GUUACCGCUAAAUAUUUGCGGCUAUGCCUUCGCGCUGCAUCGCGGCGUUUUGCUCCAACACUCGUGAGGAUGGUGUGAGCUUAUUCAGGUUCCCGAAGGAGCCUGAGCUACUUUCGAAGUGGGUGAAGGAGGUCAGACGUACCCGUGAGCACUGGAAGCCCACCCCUACGUCUGUUCUGUGCUCGGAACAUUUUGAGUUGCACUGUUUUGAUUUUGUUCCCGUAUUAAAGGAGUCGCUUGGGUACUCGGUUCAACACAAGCGCGUGCUGCUGCCAACAGCUGUACCUACAGUGUUCCCCAGUGGCACAGCUGGAGCCACACCGAGCAGCGGUCAGCAUGGCCAGGGAGCGAGUGCCAUGGCUGGUCCGGCGAGCACGACCACAUCCCGCUGGGUAUCCCAACCCGCCCUUCGGUCUUGCAUAGUCAAGCUAAAGAGGACGCAGGUCAUGGCCAUGGAGGUGUCAUGUCUGACAGGUGUAGAUGAAGAUGAAAAAGAUGCUGAUUCUGAAAUUCAGUCCCUCAUGCUGCUGCAACCUGUGAAAAUGGCGCAAGAUUCGGCCUCUUGCACCGAUUCUUUUGACACGCCAUCUUUGCAUCAAAAUAAUGUCCUAGAUGUUCUGUCCAGGUCGGAUAUGUUGUCUCCAAUCGGUUUGGCGAAUGGACCCUCUUUACAUCAGGCUACUCAAGCUCAUGAACUUCACUGCAUUACCUCUGAAAAAGACGAGGAAAAGAGCAUCACCCAGCUAAAGACUGUGCAGGAAAUAGACAGUCCUGGAAUUUGGGGAUUUGACACAGAAUCAGCAGAGAAUUCAUUGGACGAUUUCAGCAGCGCCAGUGACCUCAACUGGGAUCCUCACAAAGAGUUUAUGCAGUUUCUUUUGGAGAAUCACGAUUCCCCUGCAGAGGAGCCGAAAGAGGAAGUUGGUCUUGCCAACAGUCAAAGGAGAAGAAAGCGAAAGAUGGACAUGGUGGUAAUGGUGGAUCCUUCAGAAGAUCUAUACCCGGAUCUAAGCCCCAAAACAUCUGAGAAAUCGUCUGAUGCUGAAGGCUACGUAGACUCCGGUAAUGUUAGAGACAUUACCAAAUCACAGAAGCUGUCCACACCACAGUCAUCUACAGCAGAUAUAGUUCCUAAGUACCCAAACGGAACAGUAAAGGUAAUUAAGCAAAUUCUGUACAAAACACCUGCAAGAAGUUCCCAUGGGAAUAACAUAAAUGAUAAACAUUCAACACUAAAAGGGCGGCUGAAAGUAAAUUCUCAUUCACAGGGGAGGCCAUUGCCGUUCCCUUGCUCAAAAUGCAAUCUGGUGUUCAAGAAGGAGCAUCGCUUGUUUAAUCACAUGAAGUCUCACAAUGACCCUCCUAGUUAUCCAGCAAAGCCCUUUAUAUGCAGAGAAUGUGGCAAAUGUUUCAAACAAAGCAAUUCACUAAUUGACCACAUGUCCACCCAUGAGAAGAAAACGAGGCUCAUGGAAGAAGAAAAAGACGCGAUUGACAAGAAAAAAGAAGACGCAAAGUUAUUCUGCCCUCAGUGUCCAUUCGGUACAAGCUGCCCAGACUCUUUUGUUCAGCACGCAAAAACUCAUGAAAAAGACAAAAGAAGGUUUAAAUGUGACAAAUGCAGUUACAGAGCCGUGACUGACCACGAUCUUAGGAGACAUAGCGUUAUGCACCACACGGUUAUUAGAGUUAGAAAAAGAGUGCGGAGGGAUGAUAAUGAUAUGUACCCUUGCGAAAUUUGUUCCUAUAAAGCUUUUGGCAAGCAAGUUUUUGUGAAUCACUUAAUCCUUCGUCAUCAAAUGUCUUUUGAGGAAUACACAAGAGCACAGAAAGAGGAGACAAAUGCACAACAUCCCAGGGAACGCAAGUCACCUGGGCGUAAAACUCAAUUCGAAGAUGCAAAUUUUACGUCAAAAAUAUCAGUUGAAGACGUACCCGACAAGUUCGGUGGAAUUUCCGACUUGUUCAAAAAUAGCAAGUUUAAGCGAGAUCCCAAGUCUCAAUUGACAGAAUCAAAGCUUGACAAAUCAAUUAAUGUUCUCUUGUCUCGUCAGAACCAUAGAAAGACGGGUGUCGAGCAAAAGGAUGAAAGCAAUAACUCUAGCACAAAUGAUUAUGAUUCCAACAGGGACAAAGACGGUUGUGACGAGUCACAAGAAAUGAUGUCAGUCAAGGUUGAAGAGCCUGCUGGACUACAACAUAGUCCUAACUUUAACCUGGAGCACUCACCAGUCAAAAAGUCUCAGUCUAAACGAAAAAUGUCCACCCCAUAUCGCAACACCUCCGACCAAGACUCAUGUUUCAUUUUACCAAAACCUUCGCCUAGUCCUAAGAAAGUUAGCUCAGAAGAUGUGUCAGACCCUGAUGAAAAGGACAUUUUCCCGGUCAAAGAGUCUGAAGCCAACGGUAAUCAUUUUAGCGAUGUGAUCAAAAAAGAAAAGAAACACAUAAUAUACACAUACAGUAGGAGGAUGUCCAUGAGAGGUGCUCUACAAGCGUCAAAAAAGCUGUUUGAGAAAAUCAAGACUGAAGGACAGGAACAGAAUGAGGUUGAAAUCAAAGAAGAAUGCAUUGAAACCGAGGUAUUUCAAGAAACAUUCGAGGCCCACCAAAUCCCAUUGGGGGAAUCCCCCUCAGAAGAUUUGUCAGAGGCAGAAUUGGACACUAAGAAGUGUCCGUACUGUCCUGCUGUUUUCGAGUCAGGAAUUGGACUGUCCAAUCAUGUGCGUGGACAUCUUCACAGGGUUAGAGUUGGCUAUGAUUCACAGCAUGGUGGGUCUCCACAGGAGGUGGGUUAUCAGGACAAAAGACCACGAAUCCGGCGGAAGAAUUCAACAUUACGGCGACUGAAAAAAGCACUACAGGACGAUUCAGAUUCCGAAACUGUGAGGACCAUUCACUCUUGUCCGUUAUGUGGGGACUCAUUUGACAACAGAACUGGACAGUCCAACCACAUACGAGGUCAUCUGAAAAAGCUCGGAAGAAACUUUUCUACAAAGACCAAAUCCCCGUUAAUUUUACUCCGUGAGCUGAUGCGCGACAAGAAGGAGUGCCAGCGGGCCUUUCAGAUUCUGGGAAAAAGACGAAAUCAUUUCCAGUACGGUGCUUUGCCAAAGCUGCCCAUCGUCAAUCGCUUCGCCUCUUCUCAGAUGGGAUUCCCAAAAAGUCACUCGGUUCCAAACCAUUGCACUGAUGCCAAACCACUGAUGCCCUUUUCUUUAGCAGAGGGCAAAUCUGAAAGUGGGCAACUAGAAAAGCUGGAUGUUAAGACGUCCCUCUCAGGCACGAACGCCCUGAUUGGGAUCCUGAAAAAGAGGAAGUGUCAGGAAGAUGCAAGACAAAAGGGAUCCUCUCAGAUGUCAAGAAACGGUUUACCAGUUUCGUCGAAUCCUGAGGAAAGUUCAGGAUCAAAAGUUGUAUCUUCACUGCCAAACUCAGUACCUGGUGAAAAGGGUGAAUUCAAUAGGAAAGUGUGCAUCCACUGUAAUGCAACUUUCCACAGUGGAGUUAGCCUGUCCAAUCACCUUCGGGCUUUUGCAAAAAGACAACAGAUUGCCUUACUGGAAGGGACCACAAUUCAGUGUAAAGCGGUCAGGACCCGUUCAAGGCCCGGGUUGAAGAAGAAGACACUGCCCUUAGCCCAGAGCCCAGAGGAGAUGUACAGGCUCACCUGCAGGUUCUGUGACCUCGUCUUCCAGGGUCCGCUGUCAGUCCAGGAGGACUGGAUCAAACAUUUACAGAGACACAUUAUGAACACUGGUGUCCCUCGCACUGGGCUCGGCAUGGCUGAGGUCACCUCGCUGUCCACAAACCCCCCCACCCUGAAGACGGACGAAGACGGCUCUUCGCCGGUCGCCAACGCUGCCUCAUGAGGCCAAAGGGGACCUUUUUCUAGAUUUCACUAGAUUGUAUGUACGUGUACAUUGGAUGUUUGUUCACUUACUUUUGUUUUUAAAGUCGAUGAAAUAAUGGCCAAAAGGACAACACAGCCCCAAUGUUUUAGACAUUGCGCCUGUUUGAACAUUUUGGACGGACGAGAAAAUAUUAUUUUGGAAUAUUGUUACCUUCGUCUCUUUUUACAUGGUCCAUUUAUGAGGAAUUAAAUUCCAAAUGGAUAAGACUCUUAUUAUUUUAUGCAGUAAUGUAGUGUUGGAUCCAUUUCUAAAGAAGACAACUUAUACCUCAGAUUUUUCAUGGGUUUUAGUCCGUUUUAGUCCAGAUCUGGGAGCCUUCGUUGGUCCUCAUAGAAAACACUUUUUUUUCCUCUUUUGCGUCGCAACACGACCCAGUCAACACACUCUUAUCAUCAGGCCAGAGUUUAGAGCGAUGACACCUUUUUUUUUUUUUUUUUUACUUCAAGUGCAAAAGAAAAGAGAGAAAAAAAAAGUCUGCAACCUUUUUUAAUACGAAUAAAGUGUUUUAUAAAAUUUCAGUAACUGCAUUGUUUUUAACUAAAUACAGUAAAAUCUGAAAGUAGGCGAGGGAAGAAAAAAAAGACAAAACGCCCUAAUGCGCACAAACCACGCAGUUCAUGCCCUUCUUUCAUGUUACCUAUAUUUAAUGUUUCAAUAUACUGUUUUGAAAUAAUUUAAU